GCUCUUCAGCAGUGCGUAUUUUGGUAAUUUAUUCGUUAGCAGAGGGUUUGGAAAACCUAGGUUUCGUGAAAAACUGUGUGGAAAACUCAAGAUAACCAAGCAUAAUGGCUUCACACGGGCUUACUGUAGGAUUUCUAGCGGAAAUCAUGCAAGGCAACGAAUUACAAAAUCCCGUGGUACAAAUUCUCGGAUCGAAGCGAAUCGCCGGAAGCGGCGAACAGUCCGAGCGAUACCGGUUGCUUAUUUCGGACGGUAAGACACUGUAUAGCUUCGCGAUGCUGGGGACACAAUUGAACGAUUUGCAGAAGCAGGGCAAAUUGCCCGAGUAUACCAUCAUCCGGAUCGAUCGCUACACGACGUCGGUGGUGAACCGCAACGAGAAGGGCGAAAAGCGUGUACUGAUCAUCGUCGAACUGACGGUGCUCAAGGAUGGCGGGUUGGUGGGAGAAAAGAUUGGUAACCCACAGUCGCUGACGGAGAGUGCAUCACAGGCCGCUAGUGGGGGAGGAUCGGCUUCUGGAAAUGAAAAACCUCGCCCCAUGGACACAAAUUCGACCGGUGGCAUCAGCAAUGGGUCGUCGUACGGAGCCAAUCGAUCCAUGUUGUCGAGCGCUACGCAACAGAAGGACAACAUCACGCUUACCGACUCCCUGACCCAUCCCAUCUCCUCGCUUAGCCCGUACCAGAACAAGUGGGUCAUCAAGGCGCGCGUCAUAUCCAAGUCGGGCAUACGCACUUGGAGCAAUGCGAAGGGCGAAGGAAAGCUGUUCAGCAUGGAUCUGAUGGAUGAGUCGGGCGAGAUUCGUCUUACCGCGUUCAAAGAGCAGUGCGACCGUUACUAUCCAAUGAUUGAAGUGGACAACGUGUACCUCAUCUCAAAGUGCCAGCUGAAGCCGGCGAACAAACAGUACUCGAGCCUGAAGAACGACUACGAGAUGACGAUGACGAACGACACCAUCGUGCAGAAAUGCACGGACGCCGACGGUGCGAUGCCGGAGAUCCAGUACAACUUUGUCCCGAUUUCGCAGAUCGCAAACCUCGAACCGAACGCGCUGGUCGACAUCAUCGGUAUGUGCAAGGAGGCGAGCGAGAUGGUACAGUUCACGGCCAAGACUUCCGGCCGCGAGCUGCGUAAGCGCGAGAUAACGCUCGUCGACGAUAGCAAGGCCUCGGUGCAGCUAACACUUUGGGGCGACGAUGCUCAGAAUUUUCCAGCCACCACGAACCCGGUGGUGUUGGUCAAGGGUGGCCGGGUGUCGGAGUUUGGUGGCGGUAAGACACUCGGUCUGAUCGGUGGCAGCGUGAUGAAACUCGAUCCGGACAAUGAAGCGGCCACCAGGGUGCGCAGUUGGUAUGCGAGCGGAGGAGCCGACCAGGCGCUGAACAGUGUAUCCGCUCGUACCGGCGGUGGUGCUGCCGGUAUGGCCACCGAGUGGAUUUCGUUCCAAGAGGCGAAGGAUCGCAAUCUAGGCGCGGGAGACAAGCCGGACUACUUCCAGAUCAAGGCGAUGAUACACACGAUCAAGUCAUCCAAUGCGGUGUACAAGGCGUGUCCGCAGACGGACUGUAACAAGAAGGUGAUCGACCAGGAGAAUGGACAGUUCCGUUGCGAAAAGUGUAACGCUGAUUUCCCUAACUUCAAGUAUCGACUGCUUGUGAAUAUGCUCAUCGGUGACUGGACCUCGAACCGCUGGGUGACCGUGUUCACCGAGCUGGCCGAAGAGAUGCUGGGCAAGACGUCGCAGGAGAUCGGCAGCAGCCUCGAGUUCAACAAGGAAGAAGCGGAGCGCAUCUUUUCCGCCGUCAGCUUCAAAUCGUUCGUAUUCAAGCUGCGCACCAAGGUGGAAUACUUUGGCGAGCAGCCACGGAACAAAACCUCCGCCGUCAGUGUGGCACCGGUAAACCAUAAGGAGUACAACGCGCUAAUGAUCAAGAGCAUCCAGGAGCUGACGGGCGUCGGAAAGAACUAGGAGCGACAAGUACCAUUCUUUUUCGUGUUUUUUUUCCCAGUUUUUCUUUCUAUCGCUCUGAUGUACAAUUCCAUUUCGUUCCGAUUUUUUCCCCCUACUUUAAGGCAACACCCCUUCGCACGGGGGUUAAGUAAAUGUAACAACAAACGAAGCAACCAAUAAACAACGCCAGCCGUUUGUUCAGUGCUA